UAUCGUGGGGCAGGAAUUUUCGGGAAGGGUAAGGGCGUUUCGAUCUUUAUGUGACCCUACAGGUUUUGGUAUGAACAGGAUUCGGAUUCACGUCUUGCCAACCAAUAGGGGGAGGAUCACCCCAGUGCCCAGGUCUCAAGAGCCUCAGGAGUUUUGCAUUAAGCAUAUCCUUGAAGACAAGAAUGCACCCUUCAAACAGUGUAGUUAUAUAUCGACGAAGAAUGGAAAAAGAUGUCCCAGUGCUGCCCCGAAGCCAGAGAAGAAAGAUGGGGUAUCCUUCUGUGCUGAACACACCCGUAGGAAUGCCCUAGCACUUCAUGCUCAAAUGAAGAAGACCAACCCAGGGCCUAUGGGUGAAACACUUUUGUGCCAGCUGAGCUCAUAUGCUAAGACAGAGCUGGGUUCUCAGACUCCAGAAAGUAGCCGCAGCGAAGCCAGCCGAAUACUGGAUGAAGACAGCUGGAGUGAUGGGGACCAGGAACCCAUUACUGUGGAUCAAACAUGGAGAGGUGACCCUGACAGUGAAGCUGAUAGCAUAGACAGUGAUCAAGAAGAUCCCCUAAAACAUGCUGGUGUCUAUACAGCUGAAGAAGUGGCCCUGAUUAUGCGUGAGAAGCUAAUUCGUUUGCAGUCUUUAUAUAUUGAUCAGUUUAAACGACUUCAGCAUUUGCUUAAGGAGAAGAAACGCCGGUACUUACAUAAUCGAAAAGUGGAACAUGAAGCUCUAGGUAGUAGUCUCCUGACUGGCCCAGAAGGUCUUUUGGCCAAAGAACGAGAGAACUUAAAGCGAUUAAAAUGUCUCCGGCGAUACAGACAGCGCUAUGGAGUGGAGGCCUUACUACACAGACAAUUGAAGGAACGCAGAAUGCUGGCUACAGAUGGUGCCGCCCAACAGGCCCAUACCACACGUUCCAGUCAGAGGUGCUUGGCCUUUGUGGAUGAUGUUCGUUGUUCCAAUCAGUCUCUUCCAAUGACCAGACACUGCCUUACCCAUAUUUGUCAGGACACGAAUCAAGUUCUCUUCAAAUGCUGCCAGGGAUCUGAAGAGGUACCCUGCAACAAACCAGUUCCUGUAAGCCUCUCUGAGGAUCCCUGCUGUCCACUGCAUUUCCAGUUGCCUCCUCAGAUGUAUAAGCCCGAGCAGGUACUGUCUGUGCCACACGAUCUGGAAGCCGGCCCCAUGGAUCUGUACUUGAGUGCUGCUGAGCUUCAGCCCACUGAGAGUUUACCACUGGAGUUCAGUGAUGACUUGGAUGUUGUGGGUGAUGGUAUGCAGUGCCCUCCAUCACCCUUGCUUUUUGAUCCUUCUGUAACUCUUGAAGAACAUUCAAUGAAAGAAAUUGCUGAAGGCCCAGUGGAUAUUUUGGGCCAGUUGCAGCUGACUGGAGAUGGGUACAGAUCCCAGGGAUCUCGAAAUUCUGAGAAAGCCUGUACACCUUUGCCUCAAAGUGGAUUGGCUACUGCAAAUGGGAAACCAGAACCUACUUCUGUCAGUUGACACAGUUUGUUUGGGGACCAUUCAACUUUGGUGGAUUUGAAUUUCCCAUUCUUCAAACAAGUGUCUCUGAUCAUCUCUCACUAAACAGGCACAACCCAGACUACAUUGUUUUUGAUCUGGCUAUAAAGUCCUAUAGCCAAACAUAAAACCAGAUUUUGGGGGAAUGGACCCAGUGCCUAAAAGUUGUGGGGUACAUCACAAGGAAGAGAGAGAUAAAGAAGUAAUGUCUGUCUCUGAGAUUGGGUGAAUAUUUGGAACUGUGGGAAAGAAGCAUUCUUAUAAUAGGAUUUCCUAAGUCAUGGGUAGGAAUCCACAUAAAUGAUUAGGUAGGGACUGUGUUAAUGAAUGAUGCUCUUGAGAUAUUGGUGGCCCCAGUGUCUGGUUAUCCCUAUCUAAAGGCCUACAUUUUAGCCUUUCCUCACCUCCACUUAAUUGGGAAUCUGAACCCCUUUCCCUAGUGAACUCUUAACUUUAUGAGGAAGUAGCCCACAGGAUUGGGCUGUGCUUAACCAUUCAUCUUCUAACUAUGUAAGUUUCUGUGGUGGCUAUCUUAUGUAAAAUAUAGUAAAAAUUUAUUGUAUAUAGUUUCUAGUAAAUGUUAAAGAAAAUAUUAUGAAAAUGUAAAGCAUUUGCCUGAAUCGAGUGCAUGAUUUGUUUGCUUUUGUGUCUGAUUUUCUGGAUUUCAAGGAGCUGUCUCUAAUGGGGGAAAAAAUAGGGCAAAUUUAUAUGCUGGGAUAUUUCUAUCCCAGGAGCUAGGUAUUCAGUACUGUGUUUUGGAGGAUAAGGUAAAAAACCUGGGAGAAGUAAAUGAACAAGGGUAGGACUUCCUUAUUAAAGCCAACCAAUUACUGAUAUCUUCCUUUUUCGUUGUGCUGGAUUUGAACUCAAGGCUUUGCACAUGCUAGGCAAGUGCUCUACAAUUGAGCUACACCCUCCCAGACACGUUCCUUUUCACCCUCUACUCUGGCUUCCCAACCCCCACUCCCUAUUCCCAUUUCUCACAGAUUAAUGCCUGAUUGUCUCGUAAUUCUCCAGGGUUAGGAAUUACAUACAAAGCAUCAGAGAAAUUGGACCUGAUGGGUACUGGGAUCCAUGAGUUGUCACAAUUACUUUUUGCAGUGUUAGGGAUAUAACCCAGGGUCUCAUGAAUGCUAGACCAGCAAUCUCCAACUGAGCUA